AUGUCCAUGAUAGAAACCAGUACUAUGUACAAAAGAGGAGAAUCAAAGCUAAGCCAUAUCAUAUUUGGCCUAGCAAAAAUAAUAGGGCCUAUCGUGGUCUUAAUCAGAUCUGAUGUCGUAAUCAGUAGUAGCCUUUUGCCACCUCACAUGCCUAAUGAAGGAAUGGUUUGUGGUCCAUGGUUAUUACAAAAAACUUCAGAUAGCACCCAAAAUUUAUUAUUGAGCGAAUCAUCGGACAGUUUGAGCAGUGGGCUUAGUUUUGAGGUUGAUAAUACAUACAAAAGCCCAAAUAUCACCGUAAAUGGAACAGAAGAAAACAACAGCAUGUUAAUUUCAACAAAGAUGCCCAAUGGAUUACCACCAAAAGAAAAUAGCAAUUUGUUUAAUGCUUGCAAUACAGGAAGCGAUGCUGAUCCUAAAGUCUGUACACCUGACGAUGCAGAAUAUUGGUCUGACAUUAAAGAUUUCCGCACUCACAGGUUUUCAUCAUUUUCAAAGCGAAUAUUCAGGAUAUUGCUUGAACAUGUUUCAAUCGAUGAGCACACUGGCCAGGUUAAAGCUACAUUGGAUUCCAAGAAGAAAGGCUCUUCUUUGAAAAAAUGCGAUGCCAACUAUUUGCAUGAUUUAAACAAGCUUAGUGAAAUGUCUGGCACAGACAAAUUAACCUCUGAAAUUGUAAAUAAUAUAAAAGACUUUCUGGUGUACUUAAAGAAUGUUAUAUCCCACCAUAUGUCAAAAAUUGAGUUUUUUAAUCUCUGUCUGGAACAGGAAGAUUGCAUGCUAGGUUCUAGUGAAAUUUAUAGAAUAGUGUCCAUGUUUGAUGUGUUUUAUAGAGACACAAAGCUAAGGUCUGAUGACAAAGAGAGAAUAGAUCGUCUUAUUGAAGACCGCAACCCAAGUAUUUUAAUGAACCAAACAUUACACUCGAUGAUUAAACAAAAAUGUGAAAGAGAGCUUAAAGAAUUAGAAAAUGUACAAGACCGUACCCCACCUUCUGACAAUGGACACAAUAAUCCUGUCGACGCAGUAUCACAGUUUCAUCAGCAUUUAAACUUCCUCAGGCUUUUUGAGAGAUGGAGAAUGGCUGUUGAAAGAGUGAAUGGUAUAAAAGAACAUGUCAAAAGCACUGAUCAAACAGUCAAAUUGACCAAAGAUGAUAUUUACUAUACAGAGUUCUCGUGGUUGGAAAGAAUACAAAGAACCGAUAACGUCCACGUUGAAAUCAACGAAAUGCCUCUCCUCAUUCCAGCUGAGCUAUUCCUACUUUCAAACAUCACCACACUCACAGUUAACUUUCAAAAACCUUCAGAGGAUGAUAGUACUGCUUGCAUAGAGAAGUAUAUAAAAGAUCUAAUUAAAAGCAUAUCCACGCUACCCAGACUAAGAAGGCUGGUAUUGCUAUUCAAUAACAUGCCGUUGAUUUUGGAGAAGAGUUUGCCCUGCAUACCUCAGUUGGAGGAGUUGGAAAUGGACUAUCCGUCUGACCUAAGUCAAACGACAUGCGACGUACUAGCAAGAUGGGUUGGAGGGUGCAGAAAUCUGAGGAAAUUUACAAUAUUGGAGUUUGGUCACGAGCGUAUUCCAGAGAAGCUGAGAGGAGUUUUGAGUGCUAUUAAGUUUCCUGUUUUUAGCAUAUCAUUUUGCACGAAACAGAAGAAAUUCUACAUUUCUGAGGAUGACAUGUCUUUUUUGACGAAGUUACAUGUGUUUUCUGUGCGUGCUAAGCAGCUGUACUUGCCUUUAUGCUUCUUUGACCAUUUUGCAUGCCCAAAGAAUGUUAGCAUUGAAAAGAAAAAGAACUCCAUGUGUAAAGUUACCCCAAAGCAAUUCAUUAGGAAAAUGACAGCUUCACAGUUUACCUUUAAGGCAAAAAAAGAGUUAAAUGGAGAGCAAAAUGACAGCAAUCCAACUGUAAUUGAAUGA